AUGGCCGUCAGAUACGUCGCCUUUUUCUUCCUUUUUGUUCGAAGUAUCCCUAUUACGGCCUGGAGCCCACAUACUCUUUUUAAUCAGUCGUCUAUUGAGACCAAUUAUACCACCUAUGCACACAGGCUGCUUAUAAAUCGUCCAGUAGAGAUUCCCUGUUUUAAACCCACUGAUGGUCCUACUGGUGGUCCCACCCGAAAUUUUACCAUCUACUGGAGUCACCGUGGGUUUAAUCUCACCACCACCGGGAGUCCCUUCGUCUCCGCCUACUGGGAUUGCAAUGGCAUCCUAAUCAUUAAUAGCGUUCUCCCACACCAGAUAAACCUCUGGUGUCAUCUCGAGGCUGACAAUGGCUCUCGCCUCUUUAUCCACCGCCUCGACUUCAUCGAAUCCGCCUACAUUCAAACCAUUUUUGCCGUGGAUAUGAACGCUACUCUGACGACGAAUGCUACAAAGGCCUUUCAGGAAUUCCUCUUCAGUCAAAAGAGCAACUGCGUCGUUCAGCUCCAAGGUGGUGGAAUAUCUGUACUAAAAGAAGUUGCCGAUGUUGAUUUGAGGCGGGCGGUUUUUCAGAAAAAGGCGGUUCUAGAUGCUGCACAAGAUGUCUGCGAAGCUGCGGUUGACUGCACCGGAGUCAGUUUGGACUUCUUUCAAUGCUACAUUCAUAUGGGACAGAAAACGGCUCUCUACUCAAUUGAUUUCAGUAUAAUGCAUACAGUUGAUGUUGGGAUUUUUGUAAAUAAGGACGACUUUCAAAUAGACAAGAAGAUAAACCAGACUAUCAUGCGGCUCUCAAACGCAGUGAAACGCACCAAGGGAAGAAUAAUGUCCUCGGGUUUUGGAAAAAUCCCAAGAACUGAUGUGAACCUUGAUAUAAAUGUGCAAAAUCGGAAGGUUGAGAUCUGCCUGGGUGUAGCUGGAGUGCUAAGUAGAAGUGGAAAGGCUGAAUGCGAACUCUGUCCUGCCGGCUCCCUCUCCGAACUCCAAAUCACCCUCCCUCCACCUCCUGAUCAGACAGUCAGUAUACGGGGCGGCGCUGUGGAUUCAAAUCAGGAAACUCUCGCCAAUAUGCUGUGGCCGCAUAUGGGCGAAGUCACUUCAUGUCGACCUUGCCCUGCGUGCUCCUACACCGAGAUCCUCGGUCAUCCCUCGUGCCUGCCAUGUCCGAGCUGGCAUAGCAUCCCCAUCUUCGGUACCAUCCCUGGAGAAGGUGGGGAGUGGAUUGACCUCGUCUGUCCGCGACAGGGGCGCUGGCAGAUUCUACUGAAUGACUACGUGACCGAGGCUUACGGCUACCAACCAGUGGGCAAGUGGUUUGAAGAGCUGUCCGAGCUCACUCGAGUGUGGAUAUACGUAGUGGUAGCCAUGGGCUCCGUCUUUUUCGUCCUAGCUGUUGUCAUAUUUGCAUACUGUUGCGUGGACGUAGCGGGAAUGCUAUCGAAAUCGGCAGAUGAACUUCGACCACUCUACACUGAGGCUGCGCUAGUGGUGAAGACUACGAAGCGGGUGGAGCGUGAAAGAACCGCUAAAGCCGCUGAGAGAUUGCGCCAAUUGAUGGAGAAGGCUCAGAGUCCUCAAGUUAAUGAAAAACUAAAAAAGUCAUGUUGUUAA